GUAAUAGAUCUCGAAAGAAAGUUAAAACGCCGUCUAAGCGGGAAAAUGCAAAACGCAACAGGUAAGCUAAUAGAUACUUGUUACACGGUAGCAAUAUGCACAAUAGUAAUUUAUUUGUAUGUAUUUUUCUAGAUAUUCUGCAAAAUUAUUGCCAACAUUUCCAAAAUGUUGCCAAUAAAGACACUUUAUUAUUAUUAUUAUUAUUAUUAUCACUGCUGACCAUGAGAGAUAUAAAAUUUGUUUAUGACUCAUUUUACAAAACAUCAGAGAAAAUCACCCAGGACAAUUUUAUAUUGAAGCACUGCAGCGUUACUGAUCCCAAAAGAUCAAGAAAACGAGAACAAGAAAAAAAUAAGCCGAAAUCUAUGUCAGUGAAAUAAUAUGUGAAAAGAAGAGAUGGGCUAAUGGUUAAUGUGUGCAGACAGAGUUUCA